AUGUUCUCGUCGUCACAGAUGGAGCGCUUGGAGCUACGCUGCACAACAUGCGUUGUGGAGGGGAAGCAGCAAAACAAAAUGUUUCUUGAUGUGGAAGUACGCCUUGGUGACGGUGCAAUUUUUCGAUGCCCUUCUGCCAUGCUGCGCGAGGGGUCCAGGACAGUGUCAGAGCUUUUGGAUAAAAUGAAGGAGGAAGAAGAAUUCUCCACAGAACAGGUAGAGUUGCCAUUGCCGUCGGUGGAUUCUACUGUAUUUGAAACUGUCGCGUUAUAUUUGGAGCAUUUCUAUGGUCCAACGGAUUCAACCCAAUUGGAGGAGGGAAAAAAAGUUCUGAACAAUCCUCAGCCAGUAAGACCGACCUCUCUAUCAAGACCGGUCUGUUUGCAGGAACUGUACCAUCUCAGCGAAUGGGAGCAUUGUUUUGUUGUUCAGCGACUACUUAUGUGGCCACAGGAUCUAUGGAAGCUCUGUAGGGAAGGCCAAUGGGUGGACAGCAGUGCUGAAUCGGCGGGAUCCCUGCAAUCGAUGGGACAAUGCAAUGUUCAACACAUUUUGAGUGUAUUGGAAGCGGCGACAAUGUUGGAAAUGUCAUCGCUGCGAGACUUGUGCGCGGCGGUGUUGGCCAACUUGCUGAUGGAUGUGGAUGAACGGGGUAUUUUGGAGCUGAUGGGAGUCACAGAAGCCUUUGGCCCAGAGGAGGAGAGAAAAUUGUUGAACGAGUAUCCGUGGCUCAAACUGUAA